GGUGAAAAGUGGAAAGGGUAGCAGUUGAAUUGUAUUUUCUUGAUAGAGUCAGAGGUGUGUAGUUUAUUCACUUUUUAAACAAAUGAGUACUAAGGGUCAUUCUACGGCGUUUCUCACAGUGGAAGAGAUGCAUAGAUUGUUACUUUAAGUCGAAUGCUGCCCAGCAGAGGGAGUUCCUUUUAAACCCUCUGCAGGUAAAGCGAUGAAGAGAGACGUGUUUGCUGGUGGAGUUGAGGUUUCAGGAGAGUGCUGCAGCGACUGGAGCGGAGGGGCAAGCCGCUGAACAGGGACAGAUUCCUCUCGCCGUAUGCUGCACCUUAUCGGCGCUCUGUGCAGUGUCUCCGAGCAAGUCUGGAUAUCGGGAUGACUGAAAUUAAAGCUCUGAGAGGGAUCAAAAACUCUUCCGAAGAAUCGUCGCUCAACGGUCAGAUUUAUGAGUACGAAUAUGAAUAUUACGAAUUGGAUGUUUCUUUUGACGGGCUCAAAGCGAACAAGUAUUCCAUUGUAAUAGCAUUCUGGGUUGGCCUCGCUGUCUUUAUGAUAUUUCUCUUCAUAAUUCUUAUGCUGAUGUCACGGUCGGGCUCCACACCAGCACAAAAUGACAAUUUACGAAAAAAAUCAGCGAACAAGUUUAACAGGAACGAUGGUCGUCAAGUACAGGGAGUGAACAUGACCAGCUGUGCUGCUUCAUCAUUACUGCCAGUCGACAUUGGGAAUGUGGCUAGUGUAAAUAUCAACAAUGAACAGAACUGCCUUGAAGUCUCUGAAGGACCACAGUCACAGCUGGAUAAUACUGUAAUUCCCACCAGAGUAAUUCCAUGAUUAGACUAUCUUAAACCUGUAAUAAAGUUCCAGUUCUCAGGAAUGGGGAAAACCUAUUGUAUCACCAUACUUGGUAUUGCAGUAAAAAUAUUCAUGUUA